AUGGUGGCUGCUGAGAGUGACGGCAAUGGCGUUGGCGUUAACUGUAAUGGACGACAAUCGGCACAAGCGGUGAUGACCAGUGAACCAAGACUGCGGCGACGUUGGUGGCUCGAACAAAUGACGGCAGCGUUUGUUAUUGGACGUUCUCUUGCCUGUUCACUUGUAAUUGAAGAAAAAUCUAUAGCACGACGACAUUGUUUUAUAAAUAAAUCCAAUGGCCAAUAUUUUAUUUCUCACAAUGGAACAGGUAAUGAAACUUAUGUAAAUUGUGUGCAAAUUCCUAAUAACCAAAAUGAUUAUCAAGUUUUAAAUCAUGGAGAUGUUAUUUCCUUUGCAGAUGGGAGUGGAAGUUAUAAAUAUCUGUACAGAUUUGUUUUACAAACAAAUACAGAUAAAAAAUUGAAACGAAAUAAUGAAGUAUAUGGUGAAGAAUAUGAAUCUAGUAAAAGUCAAUCUUAUGUUGACAAUAUUCAUAAACUCACCAAUAAUGAAUUAACAAAAAAGAAUUUAGAUUACCAAAAUACUUUAAAAAUUCAACAAGAUCAAAUAUCAAAGAUUGAAGAAACAAUCAACGAAAAAGUUUAUAGUGUUCUAGAAAGUGAUUUUCAAUGUUCAAUUUGUAAUGAAUUAAUGGUUAAGGCGUGUACAAUUAAUUGCAGCCAUACAUUUUGUGAAAUUUGUUUAAAUACUUGGUUUAAAAAUAGUCAAGUGUGUCCUCUUUGUCGAACUUUAGUUCAAACCAAAGCUCUUUGUCUAUCUCUGGAUAACUUUAUUACUAAUAUUUGUAAUCUUCUUGGGAAUGCAAUAAAAGAACAUCGGGAAAAAGUACAACAAGAAAAAUUGACAGUUAAUGUCCCACGAGUAGAGUAUACAUCACAAACUGCUAGAAGAGGUGGUAGAAGAAGAGGUACAACUCAACGUCGAAAUACACAACCUGCACAAUAAGAAAUAUGUUCAAUAAGAAAUAGUGCAAAGAAUUCAUGAAGUUAUGUUUUGAUAAAUACCUGAAUUUUUGACUAAUGUAAUACAUUUUAAACUUUCCAAAAGAAAAAUUAAUUUUUACUCUUUCAUAUUUUUAGAAAAAUGAACAAAAUAUAAUUAAAUAAUUAUAAUUAUUCAUAUGAAUUUUGUAAAUAAUUUUAG